AUGGACUCCACACAAGACAUCACAAAAAUCGAUCAAGUCAGUAUAAUUUUACGUUAUACAAUACUCAACUUUGAUKAACGAAGUUUAAGUAUUGAAGAGUCAUUUUUAGGGUUUUAUUCCAUUGAUAAACAUGGUGKUAAAGAUUAUGAAGAUCUAAUAUAUUUUAUUCUUAAGGAACUUAAUAUUGAUAUAAGCAAAUGCAGAGGUCAAGGGUAUGACGGUGCAUCAGUAAUGAGUGGACUCUAUUCAGGUGUUCAAAAACGAAUCAAAGAUCAAGUUCCCUUAGCACAAUAUGUACAUUGUUGUGCACACAAUUUAAACUUGGUUAUUUCGGAUGCUGCGAAAAGUUCAAGAAAAGUUGCAUCUUUUUUUGAAACAGUGCAAAGCAUAUUUAAUUUUUUUAGUUCAAGUGCUCCACGAUGGUCAAUUUUAGCUUUUGKUGAAAAUGAUACCAAACAAAUAAAAGCUAAAGUUCUAAAAAAGUUAUGUGUAACAARAUGGGAAGCACGACAUGAAUCAAUUUAUUCAUUAAAAGUCAGAUUUAAUGAUGUACUCAAAGCUUUAACAAAUAUAUCAUUAACAAGCUCUAAAAUUGAUGAAAAAAAUAUGAAAAUCUUAAAACCCUUACACGGAGUGUCAAAGUCUCUUCAAAAAAAAGAUACUAAUUUACAUAAUGCAUGUGAAAACUUGAAACAAGCUACAUGUAUAAUUAAAGAAUUGAGAAAUAAUUAUCAUACCUUAUUGGAAACAGCUAAAGAUAUGUGCACAAAAUGGGGGAUUCCUUUGGAAUUUUGUGUACAAAGAUUAAAGUUUGGAAGAAGAUAUUUUGAUGAAGUAGAUGGCRACCGUCGAUUAKAUAUUACACAAGAUAAUUUAAGAAUCAAGGUUUUUCUUCCAGUCAUUGAUACAGUAAUUUUUCAAUUAGAUAAUCGAUWCCAGGGUUUACAAAAGGUAGUUGAAUGUUUUGAUUUCUUGAAUCCUUUUUCAUUAGUUAAUAGUACAGAAGAUGAUAUUAUUAAAGCUUCCUAUGAUUUCAUCCAUUUUUAUAACGUUGAUAUUGGCUCAGAUUUCACCAGACAACUUUUAUGCAUAAAAAAUKUAAUUAAUUUGAAAAUAACUAAAAAUAUUAAACAAUUAGUCAWAUUCAUUAUUGAAAAUGAUUUUUGUACCACAUAUAGUGAAGUAUUAAGUGCUUGUAUUAUUUAUCUCACGUUACCAGUCACGGUUGCAUCAGCGGAACGUACAUUUYCGAAGCUUAAAUUAAUCAAGAAUUAUUUAAGAAAUUCUAUGGGGCAAAAUCGUUUGUCAAAUAUUGCUUUGUUAAACAUCGAAAAAGAACAAGCUAAUAUCCUAGAUAUGGACAAAAUCAUAAAUCAAUUUGCUGAAACCAAAGCAAGAAAAGUUGUUCAAAUUAAUGAAAGUCUGAAUGAAACAAAAUUAACYAAAAAUCGUAAAUUAUAA